CUUUUUUUUUAUACAUUUCUUCUCCAGCGACUUUUUAUACGCGACAUCAUAUAUAUAUAUAUAUAUAUAUACAUAUAUAUAUGUAUAUUAUACAUACAUAUAUAUAUUAUACACACAUAUAUAUAUAUAUAUAUAUACAUUUUUUCGAUACACGAAACGCGAGUGUAGAAAAGGAAGGAACACGUUCCACGAGGAGAGAGUCGAUGAGCUUGCUUGGUUGUGUCUUUCUCUACGUGUACCAUCGUCGAAUACUCGUCGAUUAUUGUAGUCGUCGUCGUUAUCGUAGUCGUUAUCGUAGUCGUCGUCGUCGAUCGGGUCGUGCGUGCGAGCGGUCGAGCGAGUGAUCUGUGACGUCAGUGGUCCGAUCGGCUGUCACCUGUCAAGCCGACGACCGAUCGUCGACCGAUUACUACUACUACUACUACUACUACUACUGCUACUACUGCUACUACUACUACUACUGUUACGGUUGGGGGAUGAGACUACGUAAUGACGAUCGGGCACAGUUGCGGUAGGCCACCAGAGGGGCACCUGUAAGAGACACAUCCAAUCCCUAAUCCAUCUUCUUAUUCUUCUUUAAAAAAUAAAAUAACCGAACCGGAGCACAUGUCUGACGUCACAGAUCACAAGACGGAUGGAAUAUGGGAUUUGGAGUCUUCAUGUUGCGGGUGAACUUUGGGGAGACCCACGCCUCACCCGUAGGCACCACCCAAUUUUACCCCCAAAUGCGUCACAAAUACUUCCGAGGGCUGCUUUAGCCCUUAGUGCCCUACAUCAACCAACGACAAAUAUGGUACCAUUGCCGUUAACGUUUAAUGGGCCGCCUUAUGGCCCAAUGGAAUUGGUUACGAAAUCUUCCGGAAGUAAUAACGAUUUAGAAUCGGCCAAAGACGAUACUUAUCGUACUGAAGAAAAUGAUGAUGGCGAUGAUAACGAAGGCAACGAAGAAAACAUCGAAAAACCCGACGAAAAUGAAAAUCAAACUUCUAAACAAAUCGAGACUAAUGAAAAUGAAGAGGAGGAGGAAAGUGAUACAGGAAGUACCGGAAGUUCGCGUAAGUCGACUAAUAACAAUUUCCCAACGAAAUUGUUAAACCCAAUGUCCUGUUUAGGUCUCGAUAAGGAAGGUGCGAUAUCGCCAGUGUUAAAUGGUUGGGUAUUAGGUGCUUAUACGGCAAUGUUAGGAAGGUUAUCAGCAGCUACUGCAGCAUUAGAAGCUACACAAAUUCCAAAUAUACCUUCCGAUAGUGAUUCCGAAAGCGAGCAUUCUUCUUACACGGAGAGAUCAAGAGGUAGUAGUCCAAACGCUAAUAACGUACAUCGAGGAUAUUCAUGUGGUUCUUGCGACGUAGUAGCCCCAACUAGACCAGCUUUAAGGAAACAUAUUGCGGAUUGUCAUCCGACAUUAAAUGGUACGGAAACGAGAGAAUCAAGGACUUGUCCUGCCUCAGGUUGCGAUUUUACAACGAACAGUAGAUGUGAAAUGGAAACUCAUGUAGCAGCACAUGUAGCACAAGGAAUGACACCUACUGGAAAGAAACGUACGCUGGCCUUGCAACGCGUCAGGUAUAGAUACGAAAGAGAGGAAUAUCGAUGCACCUUAUGUUCCUAUGCCUGUACGAUCGAGAAAGCUUUCCAAAGGCAUUUAAGGGCACACGCCAGAGGAACGGCCCCAGAAACAAGAGUUAGUUGCGCAGUAUGCGGUGCUGAUAGAUCAUCCGAGGUUGAUUUAAGUAGACACAUGAGAAGGCACCGAGACGAUCGUUACUUUUGUUGCGAUAUUUGUAUCUUCCGUACGGUUCAAUUGAAAAAGUUGAUUCAACAUCGUCGCAUGCACACCGGCGAGAAACCACAUCUCUGUCCGCAUUGCGCAUACAGAAGUGCACGACGUGAUAAUCUACGCAGUCAUGUUAGACGAGUCCACAAGAAAGAGAAUUUAUAUUGCGAUACGUUCAGUCCACGUGGCAUGUUGAUAGCGCCAACUAUGAACGAUAAAGAUGACUCGAUCGUCGUACAAAGUCCCGCAUCAUCGCCGUCCUCCAAUCCUGAGUCGACGAAUUAGUGCAAAACGAAGAUAUAUUAGUGCAAGGGAAAGAACGACUUAGCCUCUAAACGACUUUCGGUCAGAGGUAAAUAAUUCGUUUUCUUUUUUUUUCCUUUUUUUUUCUUUUUUUUUUUUAGACAUAUCGCAGAGAACGUGUGGGUGAGUUGGGUGGGGCGGGGCGUGGCGGGGAUAAGAGGGGUGUGAAAAGGGGUGGGUGGUCAGGCCAAAAACAAGUAAUCCUAAGUGAUCUCUCUUUCUUUCUUUUUUUUUUUUUAUAAAUAAAAUCAAUCAAGCUUUUGCGAAACUUUUGCAAAACUUUCGUGAGUCAAUUUUUUCUUUUUCUUUGUCAGAAUUUUAUAGAUUGGAUAAAACUAUUUAUUUUGAUUACUCGAGGGUUACUCUUUUUGGCUCGUACUCUUCCUAUCUCUCUGUAUAAUAUCAUUCAUUUCUCAAAUCGAUCGAUAAAUAAUCAAUCGAAUAUUUUCAGCUACUAUUUAAAUGUAGCAUGGUAGGAAGAUCUUGAAAGUGAGAAUGGCUGUGAAAUGAAGAAUAAGAGGCUAUCGUGAAACUUCGAUUAUGAGAAAUCGUAUAUUAUCUCUAGAAGAUGGAUAAUUUAAGAUCGAUGUCUCUAUGUAAAUUUUUUAUUUCGUUUUAUUUCGUUUUCUAUUCUUUUUGUUUGUUUGUUUGUUUCUUUGUUUCUUUCUUUUUCUCUCCGUUUUUUCUCUCUCUUUUCUUUUUUUUUUUUUUUUAUACACAACGUAGGAGAAAAAUUAUUAUAAAAAUGAAACGUUCGUCCAUCUUCGUCUUUGAACUUUUUCGAUAUGGUCAGAGAUUGAGAGAUUAUUAUAAACAAAGUUUCGCAAGAUUCAAGAGUAUUACAUAAUUUAUAAUGUCAAUUUGAUUCAAACAACAUUUUGUCUCUUGUAUAAGUAUGUGUGUAAAUAUAUAUAUAUAUAUAUAUAUAUAUAUAUAUAUAUAUAUAUAUAUAUAUAUUACGUAUGAUAUAUGUAGUACUAAAGUCAAGAAAAAACCUACGAAGUUAUAAAUGUAAAUGAUGUCAAGAUCAUCGAUCUCUAAUCAUAAUCGAUAUGAUAUAAUUAGACUUCGAGUAAAUCAGUGAUCUAUAGAAAUCUGCAUGUGAUCUCAUCGUCGAUGAUCAUUCUCAAUCUAAUCCUUCGGAUUUUAUUAUUAAAGAUUAAAGAAAAAUUUAAAAAAAAAAAACAUAAAAAAAGUAAAUAAAAAAAAUAAACCACUUGCAUAUAAACACUAAUAAACGCUAAUUAAUUAAUUAUUGUUAUUAAAGAAAACAAAAAAAAAAUUAAAUUAAAUUAAAUUAAAUAAAUAAAUAUAAAAAAAAAAAAUAAUAAAAAAGUAAUAAUACAUUCGGUAUUCGAACCGUUUGGUCUCGGUAAUGACGAAAAAGGAAAGCUGCAUAAUGGUGCUAGACUUGUAGACUGGAUCAUAGUGAAAGACUGAUAAUAGGUGUGCUUCACGGCAUCAUAUACAUAUGUAUGUAUAUGUCAUUUUAUUUAUAUGAAUAUUCUGCCGUGAUUAACGAAUGAGAAAGAUUAAGACUGCAAUUCUAUAAUCGAUUUAAAGCUGAAGAGUCUCCUGUCCAAUAUAUAUAUAUAUGUAUAUACAUAUAUAUAUUUAUGUAUAUAUGUAUAUAUAUAAUAUAUAUGUAUGUAUGUGUGUGUGUGUAUAUAUAUAUAUUUCUCAUUCCAUCUUUUUAUAUAUUCAAUUCAAUUUUAAUAUCGCGUUGCUUGUAUCACAUGAUCCAUAUAUUAAAUGUAAUAUCAAUAUUAACAGGAGAACUCUUGGCUAAACUAGAAAAAGGGUGCUAUUUUGCAAAUAAUUUAAUUCAAUAAUUUAUACAUUUGAAUUAUUUAUAAAGGAAAGCACGUACAGUGUAUUCAUUCGUUUCAUUUAUUUAUUUAUUUAUUAUUAUUACUUUUUUUUUCUUAAACGCGUAUAAGCUCUUUCAAGUCGACAAAAAGAAAACCGUCCCCUGAAGGAUCGUUGCAAAGAGAUUUUGAAGAGAAAAAAGAACAAACAAAUAAAAGAAAAAAGAAAAAAGUUAUUGAAGGAACAUAAGGAGGGUUGAAAGGGGGGGAAAAGGUGAUGAAAAUAACGAAAGCCAAUACUUAUAAAUGUGUGUCAAUUUUGAAUCUAUUCUACUUACUACGUUCUAGUCGAUAAUUAAAGAAAAGAAAAGAAAAAAAAAAAUUAAAAAAAAAAUUAAAAAAGAAAGAAAUAGAAAAAAAAAAUAAAUUGCAGACAAAAAACAAACAACAUUUUGUAGAAAAUGAUCAUAUAGCAAGAACUCUCGAGAUAUGGUAUGUGUUGCACGAUUAAAGAGCUCGUUAAUUACUAUAUUCUGAAUUCAUACAUACAUAUACACAGACACAAACACAAGUAUAAUAACAAUAAUAAUAUUAAUAACAAUAUUAAUAAUAAUAAUAAUAAUAAUAAUAAUAAUAAUAAUAAUAAUAAUAAUAAUAAUAAUAACAAUAAUAAUAAUAUACUUUCUUGCUUUUGAUAUAUAUUGUAUUUAAAUGAUAUUUUAUAUUUGUAACGUGUUUAUUGCAAACGGUGAACGAUAAAUUUCCAACGACAUCUUUUUAUAUAUAUAUCUCUCUCUCACAUGAUUUUUUAUAUAUAUAUAUAUUUAUUUAUUUAUAUAAAUAUAUAUAUACGCCGCCUGCCUAUAAAAACUGGCUCUUGAUUAUAAUUGUUGCAUAGUAUUAAAGUAUAGUCGAGUGACGAAUUUAUGUUAUUUAUUAUAUAACGUGUACAUACGUUACAUUAAGAUAUAUUUAACUUGAAAUAUUUUACAAUGAAUAUUUCGUUUAAAGAGAUAUCCGUUUAAGUAGAUUUUUCUAAGUUCUUAGCUGGAUUUUUUUGAUUAUUCGAGAUUAGUAUAAAGAAGAUAAUAACACGAAGUAUAUCAGCUCAAAACAUCUCUUUGUUGACAUUUCAUUCGUAUAAAUAAAUAAAUAUGUAUAUGUAUAUGUAUAUGUAUAUGUAUAUGUAUGUAUAUGUAUAUGUAUGUAUAUAUGUAUAUGUAUGUAUAUGUGUAUAUACAUAUAUAUAUGAAUCGGUGAUUAUGAAAGUGAUUUUCAUUUUGAAAUCAUUUGAUUUUUGAAUCAUAUAAAAAUUGUUUUGUCUAUGUAAUAACAAGAACAAAGAGAAAAAGAGAAAAAUCGAAGUGUAUUUAAAAAAAAAAGUAUAUAUAUAAUUCUGUUAUGUAAUUUUAUUGUUUUAAAAAUAUUAAUGUGUAUAUCAUAAAAUACCUUAAAUGAUUUUAAACCACUUUAUCAUAAUCACUGACUCGUCAUAUAUAUAUAUAUAUAUAUAUAUAUAUAUAUAUAUAUAUAUAUAUAUAUAUAUAUAUAGUCUGCAUACGGUGCUUAAAACGUGGAAAGAUUGAAAAUUUAGGAGGAGAAGAAAAUAAGAAAAAAAAAAACGAACUAAAAAAAAAUAAUAAUAAUAAUCAGCUUGUAUCGUCCGAGCAAGUCUCAGGUGUAUGCGAGAUUUUAUUCUAGUUAAUCGUAAACACACAAGGGCUAUUUAUCAUAAAUGUCGUAUCAUCAAUAAAAUGAAAUAAAUAAAUAAUGUGUGCCAAAGAAGGAUUUUGAGAGGUCGAUGAAGAAAAAUAAAAAGUGAGAUUAACGUUGUAAAGAAAAAGAAAAAGAAGAAGAAGGAGAAGGAGAAUAAAAGAAAAAGAAAAGAAGCAAAAAAUAAAUAAAUAAAAAAAAAAAAGCAAGAAAAAGAAGAGAAAAAGAGAAAGAUAGGCAAAAUGAAAAAGGCUGCUCUGCGAGUGGAAGUACGAAAAAAAUCAUCGAUGAAUGUAUUUUCUCUAUUCUUAAACUUUUCAAUGAAUUAUUUCGAUUGAGAGAGGAUUAGAAAGAAAAAGAAAGAAAGUUUGAGAAUAGAAUGAAGAUAAUAAUAAUAAUAAUAAAAAGAAAUAAAAAAAAAAAAAAACGAAAAA